AGAGAGAGCGAGAGCAGGGGCGUGUUUUUCGGGAUGAGAGAUGGAGAUUCAGUUCUCUGCAUAAUAUUCUCGGUUCAGUUGUUCUGACAUAAUUUUAAAGCACUCGAACAAAGAACUGAAAUUUCGAUUAUUUUUUUUAAGUCGCGUUACAAAUUAUCCCGCGAACGAAAAACGACAUUCGACUUCUCUCAGAACUAUGAGUGAGAACAGUUCAUCUGAUCCUCCCAACAGCACUCAGGGGCCCACUGCAGAUAAAAAAGCCCCCCAGGAGAAACCGGCGGACAAAGCGGCGAUGAACCCUACACAAGAACCUGAAGAAGAGAUUGACAUUGAUCUGGAUGCUCCAGAGACAGAAAAGGCAGCUUUGGCAAUACAGAGUCAGUUCAGACGCUUCCAGAAGAAAAAGAAGUAGAAAAGGGGACAAUGAACGAAAGGUUCAGUGCAGAGGACACACAAAAAAAAAAACCUUCUGCAAUAUUGGAAAUGGAAAGAGAUUUAAUAAGGAACAGACAGAGAAAAGGGAAACGUCAAGUGUGGGUGGGAAAUUAGGGGUUUGGAAAACAAAUGAUAGCCCUGUGGCAUCAGCAUGCUGGGUUGAUUAGAGUUUAGGACAUUCACUUUAAAAGACAUUGCAGAUUUUAGUCUCGUUGUAUUUGUCUAGAUUUGUCUCCAUCAUUUCUCUCCUCUUCUGUAGACAUAAAGGUAGGAGUGUGUUACUGACAUGCGCAAUAAACGUUUAGCAUUUAACAAUAUCAGUAUAUUUAGUAUAUCAUUGCUGUAAUUGAUAUAAAUGCAAGAGUACAAAGGGCAGUAAUGAUCAAAUGGUGUACUGCACCUACAGUAAAACACGCUGGUGUGAAUUAGCAUAGAUAUGAAGUAGAUUAGUUGUAAAUGUAUUCUUAGAGGUAGCUCUUUUUGUCUUUCAAAAUGAUGAGUGUUUAAAAAAAUAAAGCAAUCUCUGUAACACCA